AUGGAUGUAUACCAUAAAUCGUACUGUGCUAAGAUUAUCACCGCUGCAUGUUGUCUACACAAUAUUUGUAUGACAACUGGAGAUGACUUUGAUGCCGAUCCAUAUGUGUCUGAAAUAGAGAUAGGAGGUGAUCUACAUGAAGAUGGGACUAGAAGCGGAGUAUUAAAGCGUAAUACAAUUUGCAAUGCAUUGCUACUACAAGAUCACAUUUAA